AUGAAUCGAAUAAGUGAUAAAAAUAAUAAUACAAAGCUUAAACGACGAAUUUAUUUAGAAUCCAAUCGAAUAAUACGUUACAUGCAAGAUAAUUCAUCAGUUAUUGUUGGUGGUCAUGGUAAUCAAGCUUAUAUAUUAGCUAAAGCUCCAAUAUAUGAUGAAUGGAUUCGAAAUAGUUAUGAGCUUCAAGUUUGGCAAACAUAUUUUAAAAUGGACACACAAGAUAAACAUUGGACAAAGAAGUUAUUACACGCACAAGAAAAACCUCAAGCGAGUGCUACAAUCACGAAUCGACAAGUUCAAAUAAGUACUUAUUGGACUCAAACUACAGCUGAUGCAAUAAAUUCAAGAACUGCAACAAUUUCAUCAUCAGCAGCAAAUACUGGUCGAAUUCGUGAUGCAGUUGAUCGACUGAAAACAGCAAUUUUAAAAUAUAUUCAACAUUGUACACAACAUGUUUUUCACAAGAAAAUUGACGAAGGAUUUGAUAUUGAAUCGGAUGCUGGUUAUAUAGCAUUUAAACAUUAUAAUGAAUUACGUGAAAAACGUUUUAAUUUCGAAGCUGAACAAUCGAUCUAUUUUUUAGAAGACCAGCGAGUUGAGGGCGCCGUCAACGAGCAAGAAGAAAUUGUUGCCUUGACUGUCACACGAUCAUUAACCGAGGAAGAACAUCAAUUAUUAAAAUUAGGUCCUCGGUUUAUUUAUAAUGAUCCAAAAGCGGCUUCUCGACGACGUACAACUGAGUGGACUAUGUUAAAACGUAAAUUGCAAGAUUAUCACAAAAAAUCCGAUGCAUAUAUGGAAAAAACUGAAGCAUAUGAAUGUUUACAUCAAAAUAAUCCAUUACCAAAUUUAAUUGAACGUACAAAUAAAUAUCUAUUAAACUUAAGAUUGACUAAAUGGAUUACACAGAAACAAUAUCAACAAUCAGGCAUUAAACCAAAUGAAAUGGGAUUAGAUCAUCUUUAUUCUUUACCAAAAGCUCAUAAACCUAGCACUCCACUUCGUCCAAUUAUUUCUGAUCUCAAACAUCCAACUAUAAAAAUAUCAAAGGUUCUCGAUGAAUUACUUCGACCACUAUUUAAUAAAAUGACAUCAAAUACAACUGUUACUUCUGGAACUGAACUUAUUAAACAGUUACAUCAAUGA